ACUUCGACCAAGUAACAGCGCGUUCCCGCGGCUGCUCGGAGCAAAUGUAAAUAGUUUAGUUAGAAAAAUCCCCCCGGGAAUAAAAUGUCUUAUCACCUACGAGUGGACGACGGCGUCUGGCAUUCAGAAAAUCAUGGAUCCAAUCUUGGAGAAGAGUUUUCAUGACCUGUUGGAAGCCUAAAGCGGGUUCCGGUGGCGAUAUGUUCUGUCAGGAAGUUUGACGUUUUUCUGCUCUGAAACAUUUUUUUCUUGCUUUGUUUUGUUUGGAAAAAAAAAAAAAGUUAUGGACUACCUUUGCAACAGAAAGCGCACGACAAUUCUGUGACUUUUUUUAUUUUAUUUUAUUCCAUUUUUUCCACUAUUAAGUUAGUGAGGAUUUUACAUGUUUUUUGUUUUUGUUUUUGUUAACGCAAUUAAAAGUGUUCGAGGCUAUGCGCAGUGUAAACAACAACUUUUGUUUCGGCUGACAGUUUCAUGCCUAUGUUAAGUUAUUUUAUGUGCAUCACAGAUAGAAUGCCGGUAAUAUUUUUUUGUUUAAAGCCCUUUUUGUCUUUUCAAUCAGUUUAAUCUGCAAGCUUGAGCUCCAUUAUAUCGCGCUCUGAAUCAAAUUCCCAUCUACUUAUGUUACAGGCCAGAGAUGGGCCUUUAACUAUUUCUAUAUGUUUAGAUCCAUAUUCAAGUCAGCAAUGCGACGCUGUUAUCUAUAAUUCAUCCAUAAAAGUAAAAAUAUGUCUAGCCUAGAGUGUUUUGGACUCUAACCUGGCAACACAGAGAGAGAGAGAGCAAAUCUGCAAACUUCGCUGCAAGAGAGACCGUCACAUCACGGAAACUGUACGGUGUGUUCCUCAGGCGGGUUGAUGCUCACUCUCAAAUGGAUUUCAUACAGGCCAUACGCUUAUUGUUACACCUUGUUGGGUAGUUUUUGGUCGUUUGUAACAAUGCCAUGGGACGCAGCUCCCAGUCUCUUAGAGGCUUGACUGUGCUUGAUGUCGAGUUUGUCCUCUGAAAAUGUUUUGGAAAUUUAAGUUUUCCAGAGAUUGGAGGCAACAGCUGAGCAGAAGUUUUACUGGAGCGGGAGCAGUGUGAUGCAUUCUUUUCCAUCGGAACAUUUUCUCUGUAAAACACACAGCAGUCUGACGUGACCGUGUUUUGUUUUUGUUUUUUUUACUACCUGGAAAGUAUCCACUUGUGUGUGUGUGUGUGUGUGUGUGUGCGCGCUUUAACUUUCCACUGAAGAAGAAGAGACCCUGUAACCUGGGGGGUCAGCCCCGCCAUGGCGCCCCCUCACACACACACUCACACACACUCCCCGGUGUGUCGGUCUGACUGAGGGCACUGAUGGACGUGAACCAAUCCUGGAUGCACUGCGUCAUCUCUACCGCGAGACACAGGUGACCGGAGUCAGCUGCACGCGGGAGAAGCCCUGACUUGUCCUGACGAAGGUCGUCAAGGCAACAGGCUGGUUGGUUUCCACAAGUUUCUGAGGACUGAUUUGGAGACCACGCACGCAAACAUCGCCACAAUGAAUGAGAGGCAGGCUCUCCACUCCAUAAUGAAGGACCUGGUCGCCCUCCAAAUGACACGACGUCAGCCUCUGUCGUCAUAUGACAGCGGCAAACCCAAGACGCCAGCCCAGGCCAAGAGACAGGACGAUGUCAGGAUAAAGUUUGAGUUCUCGGGAGAAAGAAGGAUUCUGAUGUUCGGACGACCUGUGCAGUUUGAGGAAAUCCAGCAGAAGGUCAAGGCUGUCUUUGGCCAGCAGCUAGACCUGAAUUACAUGAACAAUGAGUUGUCCAUCCCUCUGCGAGAUCAGGAUGACCUGGACAAGGCAAUCGACCUGCUCGACCGAAGCUCCAACAUGAAGAGCAUAAGGAUCCUGCUGCUAACACAGGAGCAUAGCAAUGCCUCCUCCCCCUCCCAUCAUGUGCCGUGUAGUAAACAGGUGAGGAUUAAGCCCUCCCAGUCCACUGGAGACGUCAGCACUGUGUACCAAUCCUCCGAGCCCAGGGGACGCCACCUAUCAACUGGUUCUCAGAACACGGGGCGUAGUUCGCCGCCGCCUGGCUAUGUGCCUGAACGCCAGCAGAGGAUUGCCCGCCAAGGUUCAUACACCAGCAUCAACAGCGAGGGGGAGUUCAUCCCCGAGACCAGCGAUCAGAGUGUGCUGGAUCCCUGGAGCAGUGCAGAAAACUCUGUAUCUGGAAGCUGUCAGUCGCUGGACAGCAAUUCAGACAGCCCCUCGAUGAGGAAGUCUCGCAUGCACAGAGCCAAGAGUUACCCCGACAAUCGUCAGGAGUGCUCAGACAGGGAGAAUCAUGUGUAUGACCGGGUAGCAGGGAAAGGAGGCACCUAUCCUCGUAGGUACCAUGUUUCCCUGCAUCACAAGGACCUCAGCGAAGGCCGUCGAACGUUUCCCCGGAUACGUCGCCCUCAGGGGAACCUGUUCACCCUGGUGCCCUCGCGGCGGACGCUCAAUGGUAGCGAAGAGAGUCUCGGCAGCUGGCAGCUUGUAGACGCUCAGGGCAGGCUCCGCCCCCAGGAUCGCUCUGUCGCGCACAAGUCGCCCAGUGCCCCGCUGACGUGGCGGCGGGGGAAGCUCCUCGGCCAGGGGGCGUUUGGUCGGGUGUAUCUGUGUUACGAUGUGGAUACUGGGAGGGAGCUGGCUGCCAAGCAAGUCCAGUUUGAUCCUGAGAGCCCUGACACCAGCAAGGAGGUCAGCGCUUUAGAGUGCGAAAUCCAGCUGCUGAAAAAUCUGCACCAUGAGCGCAUUGUUCAGUACUACGGCUGUCUGAGGGACCGCAAUGAGAAGACCCUCACUAUUUUCAUGGAGUAUAUGCCGGGGGGUUCAGUCAAAGACCAGCUUAAAGCCUACGGGGCGCUGACAGAAAAUGUGACCCGCAAGUACACAAGACAGAUCCUGGAGGGCAUGUCCUACCUGCACAGCAACAUGAUCGUACACAGGGACAUCAAAGGUGCCAACAUCCUCAGGGAUUCAGCGGGCAACGUGAAGCUCGGAGAUUUUGGUGCCAGCAAGAGGCUACAGACCAUCUGCAUGUCUGGGACCGGCAUCCGCUCAGUGACCGGCACCCCCUACUGGAUGAGCCCGGAGGUGAUCAGUGGAGAAGGCUAUGGCAGGAAGGCAGACGUGUGGAGCCUUGGUUGCACAGUGGUGGAGAUGCUGACAGAAAAGCCUCCAUGGGCUGAAUUCGAGGCCAUGGCCGCCAUCUUCAAGAUCGCCACGCAGCCUACAAACCCUCUGUUGCCCUCACACACGUCGGACCAGGCCCAGAACUUCAUCAGCUGCAUUUUUGUGGAGGCCAAACACAGGCCCAGUGCUGAGGAGCUGCUCAGACAUCCCUUUUCCCAGAUUCUGUGCUGAUAACCACAGACUCGCACAGUAGCCUCAGCAGCAUCUGUAGCUUCAUUGUGGACAUGGAACUGGUCUAAAAGUCAGUGUUAAACCCACCCAAACCUCUGCAACCGUUCUAAUGCUUCAAGGAGACAUCGCCUCCUUUUUGCCGACAAAACAAACUUCAGGCAUUUUGACAACCGCAGGCAACAGUGCCUGAAAACCAAUGCCAGUAAAUGCUCUCACCAGCAGGGGAAAACAAAACAGAGACGAAGCAUCUGCUGGGCUGCUGAUCUGUCUCAAACAUACAAGAACACACAGUCCUAAUUAUGCCCUCCAAGGGCAGCACCCAUUCACACACCAGUUGUGUCUUCCUAAAGUAUCCCCUUCUUAGUUUACGUUCACCUGUCGGGGAGUUAUGCCAGGAAUCCCUUUAAGUGUUUGACAUUUAAACAUUAAGCUUUGCACCAAGUUUGCCCAGCGGAUGAGGAACACUGCUGGUGCACAACAGUGUUAACUGGACGCUAUGUGUGAUGUAGGCUGCAUUCCCAAAUAUGUGUUAGUGUAGAGUGAUGUCACACAUGCAGAGCAGCUACUCUGAAGUUUAAUGGUGGAACAGAGUUCAUCUGUUAAAAACAUUAAUAUUACACAGAGAAUGACAGGUUUUGUUUUUUAGCCCUUUGGCAUUAAGACAUCAUUUUAUGGUAUAAAUGUAAUACAAACGCCUUCACUGAGAUCAUAACUGAUAGUCUAUGAUAUGCUGCAACUUCUAACUCCAGUUUCUCUCUUCGUUUAUUACAAUUUCAUUAAAGUCAAAGCAAAUAAAAAAAUAAUGAUCCAAGGAUCUUGGAAAUCUCAGGACAUUUAACAGCAAGUACAGCUGGACUAAAGUGAUUUAUCAGCAGCUGUAGAGAAACCUCCUGGUUUAUUGAAUGGCAGAAAACAUCUGAUCCGUCUGUUGCUGUUUGUUAUUGCACCAUUUAAAGUUGGGCUCCCCAACUAAACUCCACCACAACAUGAGCCUGCCAUUUAGCUGCCUUAGAGGAGUCGAGGGUGGAUCUUUCCUUCAUAUUCUCUCGUUCCUAUUCUUGCUUUAUCCUUCACCUCACUGUGACAUUUCCCUCUUCCGGGCUCCUGUUGUAGCUCUGCAGUGCUGCAGGUGUUCUCAGCUGACAAAGUGACUAAGAGGAGGAGAAAAAAACAGUAUGAAAGUGAAGCAAAUGAUACUUUUUAUGGUUUAAAAAUCCAAACUUAAGGCCUUUAUUAAGGAGGGGUCUUAUCUUCAAGUGUGUCUGGACCCAACAUCCCUGACUGAGAAGCCUUAGCUUAAGGAUGGAUUUUAGAUCAGAUGCACUUUUAGGUGAAAUGAAUGUUUUGGAGUUUUUGUUCUCUUUACCAAAUUUUUGUUUUUUUACUUCAAAUGUGAACAUUGUUUAAUUUUUAAUUUAUAUCCCCUCAUCCGAUCCAGUUGGAUUUCAUAAGCAGAUGUAUACUAUGUAUGGAUUUAUUUUUUAUAUUUAGACCGUAUCAGAAUUGAAUGAUACUUCAGUCUUUGUUUUGUAGUUCAAAGUAAAUGGUUUUAAGCAGCUGGUUUUGCAGACAUUAGAGUAUAUGAUUUGUAAAUGGAACAUGGGUGGGAAAGGGACUCUGGCUGCACGUUGUUUUUUUCUUCCAGCUUUAAAACAAUCUCCACACAUUGUUAACAAUAUAUGGAUGAAAGCAUUAGCUGACAGCUUACAGAGACUCUGCAUCAUUUGGCACAUCAGGGAAGUCUUAGAAAUAAAAAUAAAAAAACAUCAACCUAAAGGCUCAUUUCACAGAAGAAUCUGUUGGGAAUAUGUUAACGUGUGAUCAUAGGGUUACUUGUAGUGAAAUUAAAGGUUGUGUUUGUGAGCCAAAGACGAGCAGGAUAGUAGCCCGUGUCCAAUGUCAGAGUUUGCUUUUCAACCCAGGUGACGACUUUGUUUAUCCCAGGGUUCAGAAACGAGUUCAGUAAUUAACAGUUUUGUGGGGAAAAGGGCUUACUGCUGCCUUAACGCUUAUACAAGAUCUCUCAAUGUGGCUGCUACAGGCUAAAGGCAGCUCAAUAAUGUUGCAAUAGUUAACUUUAAAGGGAAGAAAGACAAAGAACCCUGUGGUAAGCAAAUGAAUAUAAGUUAGUUUUGUAGAGAUCUAUAUGUAAAUGUAUGAGUAUGUAUCAUGACAGGACUUGCAGUGCAAAGUCUGAUGUAUUGACUGUAUUAUACAGCAACAAAAGAAAAGAAUAGUAUGUUUAAAGACAGUGUCUUUUAUAUAUAUGUAUGUGUGUGAGUACAUCACGCCCCUUUAUCAUGUAUGUCAUGCUAUUUGUUCAGAACAAAUAAAGUGUUUUUAAGAUA